GUGCGGCGUCUCUUUGAAGAGAUAUUUAGAGACGGGACCAGGCUCAACACCAUUCGCACAACCAUGCAACCAGCUGAAAGAUAAAUGUUUCUAGCCAGUGCAGAAAUCAGUGUUAAUAUUAUCUGCUAACAUUUCUUAUUUUGAGAAGCCGUAUACAUUAAUACUCAAACAUGUUUUUAAGAAGCAAAUUGCAGUAUUUGAGAAGAAUAGGCAUAAUUUUCAAGAAUCAGACAAAUUUAAGCAGAAGAAGUAUUGCAACAUCAGGUGUGAGACUGGCUCAUGAUGAGUCACAUGAUGCUCCCAUCAGCCGAUUCCCGGUACCGGAUGUCCAGGAGUUGCCAGACGACCUCAAGGAAAAGUUUGGCAAGUCCAAAUUUCUACCAAAUGUUUUUGGGGCUCUGUCGUAUCGACCUGACGAACUGCGAGCAUUUAUCAACUACCAUGAAGUGCUGAUGCGAGACAGUAGUAAUGUGACAAAAGCAGACAAGGAGAUGAUCGCCGUGGUUGUGAGUGCGGACAAUCAGUGUCUGUAUUGUGUGGCUACUCACAGUGCACUCUACAGGCUACACUCGCGCAACCCUAUUCUGGCAGACCAGCUGUCCACCAACUGGAGAAUGGCAGAUCUGGACAUACGACAGAAGGCGAUCCUGGACUUUGCAACAACCGUUGCCGCAUGUCACUCACCGGCAGACGAGCAGUUUGAGCGGCUGUACGAGAACGGAAUGAACCACGAUGAUGCCUGGGACAUUGGGGCACUGGCAUCCUUUCUGAGCAUGUCCAACAGACUAGCUCACUUCCUGCGUGUGAAACCAAACCCCGAGUUUUAUUUGAUAGGUCGAAUUCCAGCGUCUGAGAAAAAUAACAAGUGAUACAAUAUCUUGGAGAAAUGUGUUGUGGAUGGACAAUCAGAAUAAUCGUGCUGUGUGUUAAGCUUGAUGACAUAGGAUCAGACUUGACAAAUUCUAUUUCCCUAAACAGGUUUGUAUUACUGAUCCAAGUUAAUUGUAUCUCGUUUUCUUCAAAGCUUGAGGCAGAAAGUCAAUAUUUAUGGGAUGGAAAUGUCCAAGAUAUUAUUUUGACUGUUUGAGAAAAUCUUUCUUCUAAUAGUCUAAAUAUUUAUGAAAAACUGUAGAAAAUAAUUGAGACUAUCGGAUGGUAGAACAUAGAUAUGGUCUGAAACUGGAAGUCGAAUGUGCAGGUCCUUUAGUUGGCAAAAUGUCAUGGAAGUAAAUACAGAAGUGAAGUGGCCGACUGGUCCUGUUUUAGUUUCCUGUGGUACUGGUGACCUCUCCUCAAGAACAUAAUAAAUAUUGCUUCCAAA